AUGUCUGUCAAGACUGCUUUGAUUUCUUCCAACAGAUGGAAAGAAAAAGCAGAUGAGAAUGAAGUAGAAAGAAGUGAAGAAUCUGGAGAUUUAAAUAAAGAUAAACAAAGAGAUGAAGAAAGUGAGGGAGAUGAGAAAGAUGAAGAGGAAAGUGAUCACAAUGAAAAGAAAGUAGAUGUAGAUAAAAAAGGGGAUGGAGAAGAUGAUGAAGUAGAAGAAGAUGAUAAAAAUGAUGAAGAAGAGGAAAAUGAAAGUAAACAUGAAUUUGUUGUUGGUGAUGGUGGUGGUGAUGAAGUUAUUGUUGUUGGUGGUAGUGGUGAUGGUGUGCUGUUGAGGUUGAGGAAUGAUGUUUUUGUUACUACCUACACGGAGUAUUUAAGCGAUAGAUUACUAGUGCCAAAUGAUGAAUUUGAUGUCGAAUUACUCCAUACCAGAUAUGAUACAUUUUUGAAGAAUCAUGAAAUUGUAAAGGAUCUAAAAGGAUCCGUAAGCAACAGUGAAGAUCCACCAUGA